AUGGAAAAUACUAUACAAAAGGCAGUUGCUUGUGGGGCAGUAUAUCCGUUCUACGGACCCAAGGCACAACCGCCACACUUUACCAAUAAGGUGCGGUGGUAUUUUGUGUUGGACUUUGAAUCUACUUGUUGCAAGGAUCAGUCCGAUACCAUGCUGCCGGAGAUAAUUGAAUUUCCGGUUGUAGUUAUGGACUCUGUGGAUGGACGUAUUGUGGAUAGCUUCAGACGUUACGUGCGACCUACGGAAAACCCGAUAUUGAGCGACUUCUGUACGAAAUUAACUGGAAUACAUCAGGACAGUGUGAAAAAGGCGGACGACCUAUCUGUAGUGUUAAAAGAAUUCGAUCUUUGGUUGAAACAGAAAAAAGAACAGUUGAGUUGCAGGUUCAAACCAACAGAUGCCGCUACAGCAAUUUUCGUAACUUGGACAGACUGGGACAUUGGUACUUGCUUGUGGAACGAGUGUAGACGGAAAAAGUUACCUUUACCAAAUGAUCUGCUCAACCGAAUCGAUAUGAAAGCAAUAUUUCAGCAGUGGCUUGGUUCAAGCCAAGCGAAACAGCGAUGGCAUGGUGGACUUUCUGAUGCUCUACGUCUGGUUGGACUCACAUUCGAAGGUCGACCACAUUGUGGAAUAGACGAUGCACGCAACACUGCAUUACUUUUACGGUAUCUGCUGCUGAAGAAUAUUUUUGUGAACAUUUAGGUAGUGUCCAGCAUGCGUGUGUGAAAUCAAUUCCUCUGACUGCUUCGAUCAUUUUUGGCGAAUAUUUUUCCAUCACUGACUAGAUAUCCUCCUACGUUUGUUCCGAUCUUAAUGAUGUAAUUGAAUGUUUUCUUUACCAAUCUUCCAGCUAUUUUUGGAUAAAUCUGGU